GCAACGAGCGGAGGAUAUCAUUUUCUCUUCAUCGGACGACGAAAACGGCAGAAAGACCAUUUCGUUCCCUGACAGAGAUGAGUUCUUACACUCCGCUACGCAGGGCGUCCAGGAGGAGGUCGUCUUCUCCUCCUCCUCGUCAGACGACGAGGACCACAAGUGGCGUUGAGACAACGACAACCGACGAUCUGGAUCGUCGGUCCUCUUACGGCUCGCCAUAAUUCGCGUCGACGCUACGAUCGAGUCAUUUGCGACUCGUUUUCGCCGAGAGAAGUAUGCGCUCGCUAAGCUUGCUUCACGUCUGUCACUGUCUGUCUGCCUGCUGAUCGUGUCAGGUUAGGUUGGCUCGAUCAGCAAUACUCGUCGAUGCUCUUUAAUGUGUGUCCAUUACUCUGCUCCCUUUGCUCUGCUCACUCUGCACUCUGCGUGUAAUUAUUCACGACGCGGUCUUCGCAUUUCGCACUUCGCACUUCGCAGUAGUACACCGUGUGUUUAGCUGGCGAUCUGUAUCCUAUAUUUAACUUAAAGACCUAAACACAAUAAAUAAACUGUUUACACCGUCGCGACCUUCAUGUUUAGAUCAAAUAUAGAGUAAUCAUAAACUAAAUACACUUUCUACGCUUGAAACAGUUCGAAACGAUAUGGAGAUCUAUUUAAUUUCUAAAAUAAAAGAAAAGAUAUGAAACUUAGAAAAAUUUCUUUUUCAGCUACCAGUAUAUCGAUGCAUCUCUUUCUUUCUCUCUUGAACGAUUGACACAUUUCAUUUAAAAUUGACAUUUUAAGAGCAAGUUAUUGAUAUAUAUUCUUAUGUCUUAUUGAUAGUCUAUCGAUAUUUACAUUAUAACUUUGAAGACCUGCACGACGCGCUUAGCCCAUUGAUUCGAUAUAUAGCCUUUGGAAAGAUGUCAGGUGUCUAUUGUAUCUCCUGUAAACAAUUGUCUGAUGAUAAUCACCGAAAUGUGUUUGAUGACAAAUUGUUGCUUAACUUACAAGAAAAAGACACACAUGAGAAACCUGAUGGAUAUAUGACACUGAGGGAUGCUAUUGAAUUAAUUACUGGUCAUACAAUAUCAAAGAUAGAUAAUGCAAUUUUGUGUAAAAUAUGUUUUUAUAAAGUAGAAUCAUAUAUAAAAUUCCGUUCUCAACUCGUUGCUUCAUUUGGAAAAUUAAACGUCCAAAUAUCAGACUGUGAUUCACUAAAUUUCACAAGUAUGGAUACUACGAAUACUUCACUAAUCUCUAAAAUAACUAGUACAGAAUCAGAAAUAUUCAAGGAGAUAAUAAACGUCAAUGAAAACAGUGUUUCCUCAAAUUGUAGCAUUAAUCUAGAGCUAUCGAGCAACGAGACGUCAUUAUGUUUAUCAGAUUUCCAUCAUUAUGUUGAUAAUGUCUCUGAUGAUGUCAGUGAUAUUGAUGAUUAUUUGAAUGUUGAUAUAUCUCAUUCAAGAAUUCAGAAGAGUGAUAUAGAAUCAGAUGUAAAUGUAUGUUCUUGCGAAGACGAUGAAAUAUUAGAGUUACCUGUCGAAUAUAAACACAGUGAAAUUAUCAAUAUCAGUUCAACAGAAUCAGAGGAAGAUUACGAUUAUGGACCGACUUUCAAAAAAAUUAAGCUUUCAAAUCGAAUUUCAUCUCCAGUGAUAUCAUCUUAAUGUAAUAAUUUAUGAAGAUUGUACAUAUUGAAGAAAAUUGUACAUAUUGAUUGAAGAAAAAAUUUUUAUUAAAUAUUAUAUGCAUGACAGAUUUAAAAGUAAAUCACAUCACAAAAACAGUCAGCAAUCAAAAUAUAUUAUAAAAAGUAUAUAAUGUAUAUACAUAUACAUAUAUAUAUUUAUAUAUAUAUAUGUGUUAUGCACCGUCGAGUUUUGGGGCGGAGAAGCACUAAUAAUUAAUUGCUCUGUAUAUGCUUAAAUAUAAUAUGUACUCUAUUUUGUAA